AUGGGGUCAGCACUCCCUGGAGCCCUCCCAUUUGCCCUAACAGGUGCGGCGCUCGCAGGGGCAUUCCCAGGGGCAACAGCGCACCCAGCGGCCCUUCCAGGGGCAGUGGCUUCCCCAAGGGCCCAACUUAGGGGUGCCGGCGCUCCCCGGGGCCCUCUCAGGGGCAACGGCGGCCACAGGUGUCCCUGUCAGGGGCUGUGGUAUGCUCAGGGCCUAUUCCAGAGGGAGCCCUACCACAGGAGGCGGGUUCUCCUUAGGGGUGGCGGCGAUCCCAGGGUCCCUGCCAGGGGCAGUGGCGCCCCCAAUGUCCCACCAUUGGCCGGCGAACCUGCAAGGACCCUCCCAGGGGUGGUGGUGGCCCCACGAGCCUUCCAGGGGCGACGGCGCACCCGGGGGCCUUACCAGGGACGGCAGCACCCCCAUGGGCCCUCUCUAUGGGUGGCAACGUCCCUAGAGGCCCUUUUCAAGGCCGGCGGUGCCUCCAAAGACCCUCCCAAGGGCAGUCGUGACCCCAAGGGCCCUGCCAGGGGCGGCGACGCUCCCAGGAGCCCUGCCUGGGGCGGCAUCGCCUGCAAGGGCACUUUCAGGGAAGGUGGAGCUCCAAUAGGCCCUGCCAGAGGCUGUAGCACUCCCAAGGCCUCUUCCAGGGGCUGUGGCUCCCCCAGGUCUCUCUCAGGAGCAGCGGCGCCCUCAAGGGCCCUCCCAAAAGCGGCGGAUCCCUUAGGGGCCCUUUUAUUAGCUGUGGCACCCCCCAGGACCUCUUCCAGGAACUGUGGAGUCCCCCGUGCCCUCCCAAGGGCGGCGGCGCCCCCUGGGGCCCUCCCACGGUUGGUGGGGCUCCCAGGGGCCCUCCCAGAGGCGGCGGCGAUCCCAGGGGCCCUAUUAGAGGCGGCCCCUCGCAGGAUCCCUUUUGCUUCCUUGGUGCGGCGCUCGCAGGGGCAUUCCCAGGGGCAACAGCGCACCCAGCGGCCCUUCCAGGGGCAGUGGCUUCCCCAAGGGCCCAACUUAGGGGUGCCGGCGCUCCCCGGGGCCCUCUCAGGGGCAACGGCGGCCACAGGUGUCCCUGUCAGGAGCUGUGGUAUCCUCAGGGCCUAUUCCAGAGGGUCUGGCGUCCGCAGGGUCCUCCUAGGCGCGGGGGCGCCCCGUGGGGCCCUCCCAAGGGCAGCAGGGCCCCUGGGGCUCUCCUUUGGGGUGGAGAAGCUCUCCUGGACCCUCUCAAGGGCAGCGACGCCCCAAGGGGCCCCUGACAUGGGCUGUGACGUCUCAAGGGGCCCUAUUAGGGCGAUGGCGCCCCAGGAGUCUUCCAAGGGGCGUGGACGCUCCCAAGGUACCUCCCAGAUGCUUAGGCGGUACGAGGAGCCCUCACAAGGGUGGCGGCGUCUUUAG